AUGGUUCGCGUGUAUGGAAACAUUGAGAAGUUCGACAUGUUAUUCCAUCGCAGCGGGCCCAAUGCAGGGCAGCCGCGUGGCUUCGCUUUUGUCACCUUCAAGAUGAGACAGGAUGCUAUUAAAGCCAUGAACUCUCUAAAUGGUCAGCUCUUGGGAUCGAAAAGAAUUUGUGUUAAAUUUGCCAAGAUUACGUCGGAUGAGCAAGAUAAACCAAAACCAGAAUUGGGUAUUGCAGCGCUUGCUGGUGCUAAGCCAGAAUUGAAGCUCAGCAAGAAAACUGCCAUUCAAUCAAUAGAGGCAAAGCUCAAAAUGAUGGAGAACAUGAAGGCUGGUGAUGACUUUGUCAUUAACAAGUUGGCAGCUAAUGAGACUCCUGUUAUCACACAGUACCAGAUGAAGCAGCAUCAACCACCAAAUAAAACAAUAAGUUCAUUUAGAAGAAGGCAUCCAUAUCAUAAAAAGAGAUAG